AUGGCGGAAAAAUAUGAAAACGUGGCCGUUCAUGAGCAAACAACCGAAGGCCAAAAUUUCUCACUCCUAGAUCGUGUAGCCAUUGUUACAGGCUCUUCUCGUGGCAUAGGCAAAGCGAUUGCACUUCAUUUGGCUUCUCUUGGUGCUAAACUCGUCAUCAACUAUUCCUCUAACUCCACUCAAGCCAACGACGUCGUAUCUCAAAUCAAUUCCGGCUCCAAUUCCCCACGCGUCAUUGCCGUCAAAGCCAAUAUCUCAGACCCGGACGAAGUAAAGUCCCUUUUCGACACUGCGGAAUCAGCAUUUCCAUCGCCGGUCAACAUCUUAGUCAACUCCGCGGGCGUAGCAAACGCGAAGUACCCAACGGUCAGUAACACAACCGUCGAGGAUUUCGAUAGGAUUUUUAGCGUGAACGCGCGUGGGGCUUUCAUAUGCUGUAAAGAAGGAGCCAACAGAAUCAAGCGCGGCGGAGGUGGGACGAUUAUAUGCUUAACAUCGUCUGCAGCGGCGUCGUUUAGGCCUGGGAACGGGGCGUACACGGCGUCUAAGGCGGCGGUGGAAGCAAUGGUUAAAAUACUGGCGAAGGAGCUAAAAGGAACGGGAAUAACGGCGAACUGUGUGGCGCCGGGACCAAUAGCGACGGAUAUGUUUUUCUACGGGAAAAUGGAGGAAAUGGUAAAAAAGGUGAUUGACGAAUGCCCACAGGGAAGACUUGGUCAGUCGGAGGAUGUUGCACCGGUGGUUGGGUUUUUGGCCGGCGACGCUUCUGAAUGGGUUAAUGGACAGAUCAUUCGUGUCAAUGGCGGCUACAUCUGAUUUAGUUAAAAUAUUAUGGUAUAACCAGUUUUCACAUUUGUCAAUGAAAAAUAGCCAGCGUUUAUCAAGUCAAUGAAAAAUAGCCACUAUUU